GUCUGAAUACCUUGUUUCGGUCCAAAGAAAAAAGCUUUGAAUUGCAUGAUUUCUCUCGCAAAAAUCAAAUAAUGACAGAUUUACUUUAUACAUAUAUGUAUAUAUAUGCAAUAGAAGAUUUCUGUGACUAAUGCAACCAGAAAGCCAGCCAUGGCAAGGCCAAGGCUAAGCUCUCUCUUCUUCGUUGUCUUCCAUCUUCAGCUAGUUCUCAUUUCAGCAACUUCAGAAGCAAAAUCCGACGAGCACCCAAAGAAACAUGUUCAUUUCUUCAUCUUUGGUGACUCAUUUCUAGACGCCGGAAACAACAACUAUAUCAACACCACAACUCUUGACCAAGCCAAUUUCUGGCCUUAUGGGGAGACUCACUUCAACUUCCCCACCGGCCGUUUCUCCGAUGGUCGUUUGAUGGUAGACUUUAUUGCUGAGUAUGCAAAUCUUCCAUUAAUCCUACCUUUUCUGCAACCUGGCAUUGAUCAAUAUAGAUUUGGAGUGAAUUUUGCAUCAGGAGGAGCAGGUGCUUUGGUUGAAACUUUUCAAGGGGAUGUGAUUGAUCUAAAAACACAGUUGAGCUACUACAAGAAGGUGGAGAAAUGGUUAAGAGACAAAUUAGGCAAUAAUGAAGCUAAGAUGACAAUAUCAAAAGCUGUUCACUUGUUUAGCAUCGGUAGUAAUGAUUACAUGAGCCCUUUCUUGACCAAUUCCACUGUCUUAAACUCUUACUCCAACUCCAGAUUUGUUGGGAUGGUCAUUGGCAAUUUGACUGCAGUUCUUAAAGAUGUUUAUGAGCUAGGAGGCAGGAAAUUUGCAUUCAUCAAUCUGCCAGAAUUAGGCUGUCUUCCUGCUAUGAGAAUAAUUAAACCAGAAAAUAAUGGUAAAUGCUUGGAGGAAGCUUCACUUCUAGCAACUUUACAUAAUAAAGCUCUCUCCAAGCUCCUCUUUGGAUUGGAGAAACAAUUAAAGGGUUUCAGAUAUUCAAUCUAUGACUUCAAAACCAGUCUUCAUCAAAGAAUGAAGCAUCCUUCCAAAUAUGGUUUGAAGCAAGGGAAGGCAGCAUGCUGUGGAACAGGGAAGUUUAGAGGGGUUUACAGCUGUGGAGGAAAGAGAGCAGUGAAAGAGUUUGAGUUAUGUAAAAACCCAAAUGAAUAUCUGUUUUGGGACUCUUUUCAUCUCACAGAAAUGGCUUACAAACAAUUGGCAGAUGAAAUGUGGGGUGGAAAUGGAAAUUCUCUUGCUGUUGGGCCUUACAAUCUCAAGCAACUUUUCCAAAAUUGAAUAAAAUUUAUCUCCUACAUCUUCUACUUUUGUAAAAUUUAAGUAAACAAUAUUUGAUAUUAUUUUUUUGCUUCUAUUCUUUUCUAUCUCUAUGGAAUAAACACUUCUUUU